AUGGAUUCCUCCGCAGAGUUGAUAGCCGAAGUCCCUGGAUUCAUUCGGCUCCAUAAGGACGGCUGGGUAGAGAGGCUGAACGGCAACGAGAGGGUCCCUCCCUCCACCGACCAUCAUACCACCGGUGUCUCCUUAAAGGACAUCCUCAUCGACCCUGAGACUGCCCUCUCCGCCCGCCUCUACCUCCCCCCACUUUCCGGCAACCAUCACCGGCGGCCUCUACUUCCAUGGUGGUGGCUUCUUCAGCGGUGGGCGGUGCGCCAGACUAGACCAGGCACUGAGCCGUGGAUCGCCAAUCAUGCCGACCUCAGCCACAUCAUGGUCGCUGGCGACAGCGCCGGUGCCAACCUCAUCCACCAUGUAGCCAUGAGAGCAGGCGGCACAUCUGCAGUUCAUGGAUCGGGUCCGCCAGUCGAAGACCUGGUGAAGAUCCAGGGGACCCUUCUGGUCCAUCCAUACUUCUGGUCGUCGACUAUCCUCGACGGCGAGUUGCCGGUGUUGGCAGCACGUGUAGAGUUGAUAUGGAAGUUGGCGUGCCCUGCCAGCCCUGGAGUCGACGACCCCAUUAUGAAUCCGCUAGCGGUUGGCUCGCUGUCCCUCUCUGGGCUGGGAUGCAGGCGCGUGUUGGUAGCCAUUGCUGGAAAGGACUUCCUGCGGGGCCGCGGCCGGUGGUUCUAUGAAGCCUUGACUGCUAGAGGUUGGAAGGGUGAGGCGGAGGUGGAGGAGGUGGAAGGGGAGGAACACGUUUUUCAUCUGUUCAGGCCAGAGGAUGAGAAGGCGAAGUUGCUGCUCAAGCGAUUUGCUUCGUUCAUCAACAGUGAGUGA